UGUGUUUGUGUGUGAGUGUGUGUUUGUUUGUGUGUGUGUGUGUGUUGUGUGUGUGUGUGUGUGUGUGUGUGUGUGUGUGUGUGUGUGUGUGUGUGUGUGUGUGUGUGUGUGUGUGUUAUUUCUUGUCAAUAGUCUUCUCCACUUAAUGAAGCGCAAAGGAAAUAGGCACAGAAUUCCACACCUUCACACGCAUUCACACACACAUAGACAAGCAUUCACAAUAGAUCACACUGCAGAUCAAAUUGUCAAUAUAUAUUAACCUCUUAGGAAGUCUUAUAGCUGAAUAUAUGAACAAAGAUAUCAGGCAUUGCCUCACAAGCUAAUUAUAUAAACAUCAAUAAGACGUUUUAUCAGUUUACUUUAGUUUGCCGUUACUGGUCACUGUACGAAAUAUACAGUAAACACGAACACUAAACAUCAGAGGUGCUUUCAAGGCGGAAUAUACGUGGAAUAUAUUCGACCAAGAAAGGAAAUAAUUUUUAAAAAAUACUAUAUCGGGUUUCUUUGAAAUAUUUCUUAAAAAAUUACAGAAUUAGAAAGAAAUCCUCGUAAACAUGUUUUUUGAAAAUAUUUAUCUGGUAUUUCCAGAAAUUUCUGUUUGAAAACCCCUUUACCAUUUCUCUUUCAUUCGUCUGUACCAUCAACACCUCGGCUUCACACUGUAAUUACUGGUAUCAAAGAGAUGCAAGAAGCCUUAAUUACACAUCAAAGGAAGAUUGGCCCAAUUUGCGAGGAUUAAACCUUACAUUGAGAUGAAACGUGCGUCGUGGCGACAUUUGAUCCGCGAACAGUUUGUGCGUGUGCCUGCGUGUGUGGAAUUUUGAAUUUGAAUUAUAAGCCAGACGCCCAUGUUUACUUCAACUUAUUUACUACGAGAGGCUUAUCUUCUCGUGAAGACCUGACGAGUUUAAAUAUAGAUCCCAACCUCAGUUUUUUUUUUUUUUUUUUUUCUUCCAUCCACAUGCCGGACUUGUAUUUCUUUCUGUAGACUUACGCAUAUUUCAAUGUUCUUUUUGCUCCCUAAUGCGAUAAUGUGGACCCAACUUCCUUGCACUGUGCAUAUUUCUUUAAUUCUACAUUUACACUCUACUUUAGCUUCCUUAUUUUCGCCACACUUCUAAAAAUCAAUAUCACAUGUAUUAUAAUCUGUUGCUUGCCUUAUUAUUAUUUAAUACACACCUGACUUCCCUUUGCCUACAUUAAAUCUUAAUGACACCUGUCCCUUAUAUCUACAUUAUGAUUGUUUUGACAGUCCUUUCCAUACAGGUAUUUGUAUUGUCCUGGUUUUCUUCUGUUGUACUGUCCAGGUUUUCUUAUGGUACCUAAUACCCACUAUGCUUUAGUUCGUUCCAAAUCCCAGGACGUAUAUCACUCACCCCAACAUGUUUGUUUUUGUUAUGCAGUAUUUUCAUACUCUCUGAAGGCUGUUUCUAAUAUUAUUUUUCAUUUCACGUGCUCUCUUAGUUUUGGGGGUUUAAGUGUCCAAACAUCAAUCACAGGCUUUUCCCUAGUGCCUAAACUUCAGUGUUCGGGCUUUUCCCAUGCCAAGACUUCAAUGCCCAGGCUUCUCCCAAUGCCCAGACUUCAGUACCCAGUCUUUUCCCAGUGUUCAAAUUUCAAUCCCAGGCUUUUCCUUGUGCCCAGACUUCUUCCAAGUGCCCAGGAUUUUCCAGUGCCCAGACUUCAGUGCCCAGUGUCCAGGCUUUUCCCAGUGCCCAGACUUCAAUGCCCAGGCUUCUUCCAAUGUCCAAACUUCAAUCCGAGGCUUUCCCAGUGCCCAGGCUUCUUCCAAGUGCCCAGGCUUUUCCCUAGUGCCCAGACUUCAAUGCCCAGGCUUUUCCUGUGCCCAAACUUCAGUGUCCAGGCUUUUCCUAGUGCCCAGACUUCAAUGCCCAGGCUUCUCCCAAUGCCUAGACUUCAGUGUCCAGUGUCCAGGCUUUUCCCAGUGCCCAGACUUCAAUGCCCAGGCUUCUCCCAAUGGCCAAACUUCAAUCCCAGACUUUUCCCAGUGUCCAGACUUCAAUGCCCAGGCUUCUCCCAAUGUCCAAACUUCAAUCCCAGGCUUUCCCAGUGCCCAGGCUUCUUCCAAGUGUCCAGGCUUUUCCCUAGUGCCUAAACUUCAAUGCCCGGGCUUUUCCUGUGCCCAGACUUCAAUGUCCAGGCGUCUCCCAAUGCCUAGACAUCAGUGUCCAGUGUCCAGGCUUUUCCCAGCCCCAGACUUCAAUGCCCAGGCUUCUCCCAAUGCCUAGACUUCAGUGCCCAGUGCCCAGGCUUCUCCCAAUGUCCAAACUUCAAUCCCAGGCUUCCCCAGUGCCCAGGCUUUUCCCUUGUGCAUAAACUUUAAUGCCUGGGCUUUUCCUGUGCCCAGACUUCAGUGUCCAGGAUUUUCCCAAUGUCCAGACUUCAAUGGCCAGGAUUCUCCCAAUGUCCAAACUUCAAUCCCAGGCUUUUCCAGUGCCCAGGCUUCUUCUAAGUGCCCAGGCUUUUCCCUAGUGCCUAAACUUCAAUGCCCGGGCUUUUCCUGUGCCCAGACUUCAGUGUCCAGACUUUUCCCAGUGUCCAAACUUCAAUCCCAGGCUUUCCCAGUGACCAGGCUUCUUCCGAGUCCCCAGGCUUUUCCCUAGUGCCUAAACUUCAAUGCCCAGGCUUUUCCUAGUGCCUAGACUUCAGUGCCCGGUGUCCAGGCUUUUCCCAGUGCCCAGACUUCAAUGCCCAGGCUUCUCCCAAUGUCCAAACUUCAAUUCCAGGCUUUUCCAGUGCCCAGGAUUUACCUAGUGCCUAAAUUUCAAUGCCCAGGCUUUUCCUGUGCCCAGACUUCAGUGUCCAGGCUUUUCCCAGUGCCCAGACUUCAAUGCCCAGGCUUCUCCCAAUGCCUAGACUUCAGUGCCCAGUGUCCAGGCUUUUCCCAGUGCCCAGACUUCAAUGCCCAGGCUUCUCCCUAGUGCCUAAACUUCAAUGCCCGGGCUUUUCCUGUGCCCAGACUUCAGUGUCCAGGCUUUUCCCAGUGCCAGACUUCAAUACCCAGGCUUCUCCCAAUGCCUAGACUUCAGUGCCCAGUGUCCAGGCUUUUCUCAGUGCCCAGACUUCAAUGCCCAGGCUUCUCCCAAUGCCUAGACUUCAGUGCCCAGUGUCCAGGCUAUUCUCAGUGUCCAGACUUCAAUGCCCAGGCUUCUCCCAAUGUCCAAACUUCAAUCCCAGGCUUUUCCAGUGCCCAGGCUUCUUCUAAGUGCCCAGGCUUUUCCCUAGGGCCUAAACUUCAAUGCCUGGGCUUUUCCUGUGCCCAGACUUCAGUGUCCAGGCUUCUCCUAAUGUCCAAACUUCAAUCCCAGGCUUUUCCAGUGCCCAGGCUUCUUCUAAGUGCCCAAGCUUUUCCCUAGUGCCUAAACUUCAAUUCCUGGGCUUUUCAUGUGCCCAGACUUCAAUGCCCAGGCGUCUCCCAAUGCCUAGACUUCAGUGACUAGUGUCCAGGCUUUUCCCAGUGCCCCGACUUCAAUGCCCAGGCUACUCCCAAUGUCCAAACUUCAAUGCCAGGCUUUCCCAGUGCCCAGGAUUCUUCUAAGUGCAGAGGCUUUUCCCUAGUGCCUAAACUUCAAUGCCCAGGCUUCUCCCAAAGCCUAGACUUCAGUGCCCAGUGUCAAGGCUUUUCCCAGUGCCCAGACUUCAAUGCCCAGGCUUCUCCCAAUGCCCAGACUUCAGUAACCAGGCUUUUCCCAGUGUCCAAACUUCAAUCCCAGGCUUUUCCUAGUGCCCAGGCUUCUUCCAAGUGCCCAGGAUUUUCCAGUGCCCAGCCUUCAGUGCCCAGUGUCCAGGCUUUUCCCAGUGCCCAGACUUCAAUACCCAGGCUUCUCCCAAUGCCUAGACUUCAGUACCCAGUGCCCAGGCUUUUCCCAGUCCCCAGACUUCAAUGCCCAGGCUUCUCCCAAUGUCCAAACUUCAAUCUCAGGCUUUCCCAGUGCCCAGGCUUUUCCCUAGUGCAUAAACUUUAAUGCCUGGGCUUUUCCUGUGCCCAGACUUCAGUGUCCAGGCUUUUCCAAGUAUCCAGACUUCAAUGCCAGGCUUCUCCCAGUGUCCAAACUUCAAUCCCAGGCUUUUCCAGUGCCCAGGCUUCUUCUAAGUGCCCUAGCUUUUCCCUAGUGCCUAAACUUCAAUGCCUGGCUUUUCAUGUGCCCAGACUUCAAUGCCCAGGCGUCUCCCAAUGCCUAGACUUCAGUGCUCAGUGUCCAGGCUUUUCCUAGUACCCAGACUUCAAUGCCCAGGCGUCUCCCAAUGCCUAGACUUCAGUGCCCAGUGUCCAGGCUUUACCCAGUGCCCAGACUUCAAUGCCCGGGCUUUUCAUGUGCCCAGACUUCAGUGUCCAGGCUUUUCCCAAUGCCUAGACUUCAGUGCCCAGUGUCCAGGCUUUUCCCAGUGCCCAGACUUCAAUGCCCAGGCUUCUCCCAAUGUUCAAACUUCAAUCCCAGGCUUUUCCAGCGCCCAGGCUUCUUCUAAGUGCCCAGGCUUUUCCCUAGUGCCUAAACUUCAAUGCCCAGACUUCAGUGUCCAGGCUUUUCCCAGUGUCCAAACUUCAAUCCCAGGCUUUCCCAGUGCCCAGGCUUCUUCCAAGUGCCCAGGCUUUUCCCUAGUGCCUAAACUUCAAUGCCCGGGCUUUUCAUGUGCCCAGACUUCAGUGUCCAGGCUUUUCCCAAUGCCUAGACUUCAGUGCCCAGUGUCCAGGCUUUUCCUAGUGCCCAAACUUCAAUGCCUAGGCUUCUUCCAAUGUUCAAACUUCAAUCCCAGGCUUUUCCAGCGCCCAGGCUUCUUCUAAGUGCCCAGGUUUUUCCCUAGUGCCUAAACUUCAAUGCCCGGGCUUUUCCUGUGCCCAGACUUCAAUGUCCAGACUUUUCCCAGUGUCCAAACUUCAAUCCCAGGCUUUCCCAGUGCCCAGGCUUUUUACAAGUGCCCAGGCUUUUCCCUAGUGCCUAAACUUCAAUGCCCAGGCUUUUUAUGUGCCCAGACUUCAGUGUCCAGGCUUUCCCUAGUGCCCAGACUUCAAUGCCCAGGCUUCUCCAAAUGCCUAGACUUCAGUGCCCAGUGUCCAGGCUUUUCCCAGUGCCCAGGCUUCUCCCAAUGUCCAAACUUCAAUCCCAGGCUUUUCCAGUGCCCAGGCUUUUCCAGUGCCCAGGCUUUUCCCUAGUGCCUAAACUUCAAUGCCCAGGCUUUUCCUGUGCCCAGACUUCAGUGUCCAGGCUUUUCCCAGUGCCCAGACUUCAAUGCCCAGGCUUCUCCCAAUGCCUAGACUUCAGUGCCCAGUGUCCAGGCUUUUCCCAGUGCCCAGACUUCAAAGUGUCCAGGCAUCUUCGAAAUACCCAGUGCCCAGACUUCAGUACCCAGUAUUUUUUGCAGUGCCCCGAAUUCUUCCAAAUCUCCAGGCUUUUCCCAGUGCCCAGACUUUUUCCACUGCUCAGACUUCAGUGCCUAGGAUCCUUCCAAGUGUACAGGCUUUUUCCAAAUGCCCAGACCUCACUGGCCAGGACUCUUCCAAGUGCCCAAGCAUUUUCCCAGUGCCUAAACUUCAGUGCCCAGGUUAUUCCCAGUGCCCAAGCUUUUCUCAGUACCCAAGCUUUCCUCAGUGCCCAGACUUUAGUGCCCAGGAUUCUUCCAAAUUACCAGACUAUUAUCCAGUGCCAAGGCUAUUUCCCAGUGCGCAGGAUUUUCCCAGUGCCCAGACUUCAAUGCCCUUACUUCAGUGCCUAGGAAUUUUCCAAGUCUCCAAGCUUUUCCCCAGUUCCCAGACAUUAGGCUUUUCUCCACUGAACAAAUUUCAUUGCCUAGGACUCUUCUAAGUGCCUAGGCUUUUCCCAGU